GAUGUCGGCAGUUUUCCUGUUAAGUUAGUCAGUUGGCGCGUCCUCGUCGACCUGGGACGUCGUUUCGCGCCUAAAGUUAAUCUGUGACAGUUGUCAAAGAAAAAUGAGAUUUAACUGUUUACUCGUGGCGCUAGUGUCGCUUUUCUGUCUCACUGCGGGCCAGUCCAGCGAUGACGACGCUAUGGCGACUAUACUGGAGAACGAAGCUGGUGAUGGCUACGUGAACCUCGAUCCUGAUCUAAGCGAAACUAAUAGAGUUGCAGCGAAAUCCGGUACAGACGAGCCUCAAGUCGAGUCUUGCACAACAAAGGAAGGACAACCAGGCAUCUGUGUGAAGUAUUAUCUCUGCGAUCAGGACUCUAAGACUAUUAUAGAAGAUGGAUAUACCAUAAUAGACGUCAGGAUAAGUGGAGCAUGUGCUAAAUUUUUAGAUGUCUGUUGCCAACGUAAUCAAGUUACCGAUGACCAAAAGAAAACCACAACUGUUGUAACUCCCCUUGCCACAUCAACAGACGACAAAGCUAGCUCUAACAUAAACGAACCUUUGUUCGAGAAGAAAACAAAAGUCGGCAAAUGUGGGAUAAGUAAUCCGGGUAUAAAUAUAUUUGGUGAUAGUCCCAGGAUGUUGUCACCUGAUGACAAAGUAUACGCCGAUUUUGGUGAAUAUCCCUGGAUGGUUGCAAUACUUAGACGUAAUGUAGACGAAGAAAAAUGGAAUUCAAACAACUACAAAGGUGGUGGCACUCUCAUACAUCCAUCUGUCGUAUUGACAGUGGCUCAUAAAAUUGCUGGAUUGAGACCAGAGGAAUUAAAAAUCCGAGCUGGUGAUUGGGACACGAACACACAAGACGAAGAGUACGGACACCAAGAAGUAAAUGUGAAAAAAAUUGUAGUUCAUGAGAAUUUUUUCAGUGUGAGCUUAUACAAUGAUAUCGCCCUGUUGUUUUUGGAAACACCUGUGGUAAUGGAUAGUCAGUACCCUAACAUUGCGUUGGGAUGCUUGGACAGAAGACCACCACCUAUCAACACAACUUGCUUCAGUAUGGGCUGGGGAGCUGAUAACUUUAAUAACAAGAACGUAUAUGCAUCUGUGCUAAAGAAGGUGAAGCUUCAAGUCUUAGACCAUAUGAUUUGCGAAUCAUUGCUAAAGAAGACACGUCUUGGCCCACUUUUCAAACUGCACGAGUCCUUUAUUUGUGCCGGAGGUGAACAAGGCUUAGACACAUGCAAGGGUGACGGAGGAUCUUCACUCGUGUGUCCAAUUAAAAAUACUUACGUUGUCUACGGCAUGGUCUCGUGGGGCAUGUCUUGCGGUGUCAAGGGUGUCCCUGGCGUGUAUGUAAAUGUUCCCUCAUUCUACGAUUGGGUGAACAAACAAAUUGCAGCAGAGGGUUAUGAUACCAAAACCUAUGUAUUAACGUAGACUUAGUUGUUAUUACCUGACAAAAAACAGUACACAAACAAAAUCUGAUCCUUUGAUAAUAUGUCAAACUUUACUCUGUGUUCUGACCGGCGAUACGAUGUAAUGUAACAUGUUACACGGUGAGCAAUCACGUAAUAAAUGUUGCCGCUCGAAUGUUACAUUUUAUAAUAUUACACUUCAUUAUUCGUAACAUCAUUCAGUAUACAGCUUAACAAUAACUUAUUAGAGCCUUAGUCAAUAUCAAAAUAGUGUGACAAAAUCGUAUAAACCGACAGUUAUCCAAUCCUGUAAUAAGUACUACUUUAAUAUAACAGACAAUGUGGAAUUUUGCGAUAAAUUGUAACAUAAUUCUUGUCCUUUUAAGCUGUUAAGAAAUUUCAUUUUCUUUCGAUUAAUUAUAGUCCAUAUUCUUUAGUUUAUUUCAAAUGACUAUCAGUCAGAAGUGAUUUUUAUUCU